AUGGCCUCCAGCGCCGACAACUCCCUGACCGAGCAGACGACCCCCGACCUGCGCCAUGAAGUCCGGAAGCCUAAGAAGAAGAAAGUUCUCCUCAUGGGCAAGAGCGGCUCGGGCAAGAGCUCCAUGCGCUCCAUCAUCUUCAGCAACUACAUAGCCCGCGACACGCGGCGAUUAGGCGCCACCAUUGACAUCGAUCUCUCCCACGUCAAGUUUCUCGGCAACCUCACCCUCAACCUCUGGGACUGCGGCGGCCAGGAGGCCUUUAUGGAGAACUACCUCUCCCAGCAGCGCGUCCACGUCUUCUCCAACGUCGGCGUCCUCAUCUACGUCUUCGACGUCGAGUCCCGCGACGUCGAGCGCGACCUGGCCACCUACGUCGCCAUCCUCUCCGCCCUGCUGCAGUUCUCCCCGCAGGCGCGCAUCUACAUCCUCAUCCACAAGAUGGACCUGGUCGUGCCCUCGUCGCGCGAGGCCGUCUACAACGACCGCGUCAACGCCGUUCGCAGCAAGACCAUGGAGUACGCCGCCCACGCCAUGGGUGGGCCCGCCGCCGAGGCCCUCGACCUCAUCCCCUUUGCCACCUCCAUCUGGGACCAGAGCCUGUACAAGGCCUGGGCCUCCAUCAUCCACGACCUCGUCCCCAACCUGUCCAUCAUUGAGCGCAACCUGGCCAAUCUCGGUCUCGCCAUCGAGGCCGAGGAGCUGCUGCUGUUCGAGCGCACCUCCUUCCUCGCCGUGUCUUCGUGGACCUCGCCCGAGGGCCAGCGGAACCCCACCGAGGACCGCCUCGAGCGCAUGUCCAACAUUAUGAAGCACUUCAAGCAGAGCAUCUCGCGCUUCACGGGGACGCCCCGGAACGCCGAGCAGUUUAUCCGCAUGGAGCACAAGGCCGGCAUGCGCUUCAGCCUCUUCAUUCUCAAGUUCACUACAAACACCUACCUCAUGGUCGUCCUGCCGCCCGGCGAGGCGAGGUUCAACGCCGCCAUGCUCAACUGCCAGAUUGCGAUCCAGCACUUUAGGUUCCUCGACGGACCGGUCGCGCAGCCGCCUGCUGUCAGUGCCGCCGCCUGA